AUGGCCGGGAGCGGAGGGGUCUGUGGGUUUUCUCCAAUGGGCCCCACUCCUCCUCUUUGGUACCACCGGGACCUAAGUCGAGCCGCGGCCGAGGAGCUGUUGGCACGCGCGGGGAGAGACGGCAGCUUCCUGGUCCGAGACAGCGAGAGCGUGACCGGGGCUUACGCCUUGUGUGUCCUGUUUCAGAAGCAUGUGCACACUUACCGAAUCCUCCCAGAUGAAGAUGGCUUUCUGGCUGUACAGACCUCUCAGGGUGUGCAGCCCAAACGGUUCAAGACGUUGCCAGAUUUGGUGGCCCUUUACCUCCAGCCGAGUCAGGGUCUGGUGACCACACUUCUGUACGCAGUGGACAGAGAGGAAACGGCAGCGAGUGACGACAGGGAUUAUUCUGAUGGUGAAGAUGAAAAACCACCACUCCCACCCAGAUCAGCCUCCACCUCCACCCCACCUGGAACAGAUUCACCCACUGAGAGUCCUCCAGCUGCAAAUGGCCUGAGCACCAUUUCCCACGAGUACCUGAAGGGCAGCUACGCUCUGGACCUGGAGGCAGUGAAACAAGGAGCCUGCGCCCUCCCUCACCUCAACAAGACACUCGUGGCUUCGUGUAAACGACUCAAUGGGGAGGUGGACAAGGUGUUGUCUGGGCUGGAGAUCCUCUCUAAAGUCUUUGACCAGCAAAGUGCCUUCAUGGUGUCGAAGAUGAUUCAACAGUCUGUAAAUCAGGGCGGCGACCAGGAGCUGGAGAACCUUGUAACGAAACUUGCCAUUCUCAAAGACCUGCUGUCCUCAAUAGAGAAGAAGGCGCUGAAAGCUCUUCAGGACAUGAGCUUGACCUCUCCCUGCUCCCCUCCUCCAUCCUCCAUGCGCAACAGUAAAUCCAUCCCAGUGCAAGCCUUUGAGGUGAAGCUGGAUGUCUACCUGGCUGAGCUGACAAAGAUCGGUAAGAGUCAGAAGUACACUUUGUCUGUGGAUGUGGAGGGAGGAAGACUUGUGGUGAUGAAGAAGGUGAAAGACAGCCAAGAGGACUGGAGCACAUUCACACACGAUAAAAUCCGUCAGCUCAUCAAGUCGCAGAGAGUUCAGAAUAAGCUGGGUAUCGUCUUUGAAAAGGAGAAGGACAAGAGCCAAAGGAAAGACUUCAUCUUUGCAAGUGCGAAGAAACGAGAGGCUUUCUGUCAACUUCUGCAGCUCAUGAAGAACAAACAUUCCAACCAAGACGAACCUGACAUGAUUUCCAUAUUUAUCGGCUCCUGGAACAUGGGUUCUGUCCCUGGCCCCAAGUCUAUUGCAUCAUGGGUGUCGUGUCGUGGCCUUGGGAAAACUCUCGAUGAGAUGACGGUCACCAUCCCUCAUGAUUUGUACGUUUUUGGAAGCCAAGAAAACUCUGUCUGUGAUCGAGAGUGGAUCGAGUCACUCCGGAGCUUACUAAAAGAACAAACUGAACUAGAUUACAAAGUGAUUGCAAUUCAGACUUUGUGGAAUAUAAAGCUGGCGGUGCUGGUGAAGCCUGAGCACGAGAAUCGUAUCAGCCACGUGGGAAUGUCCAGUGUAAAAACAGGAAUUGCCAACACUUUGGGUAACAAAGGAGCAGUGGGUGUGUCUUUUAUGUUUAAUGGUACCUCUUUUGGAUUUGUUAACUGUCACUUGACAUCGGGGAAUGAAAAAAUUGCCAGGAGGAACCAGAAUUACUUGGAUAUACUUCGACUGCUGUCUCUAGGAGAUAAACAGCUGAGCUCCUUUGACAUUUCAUUGCGUUUCACACAUCUCUUUUGGCUGGGAGACCUCAAUUACAGACUGGAUAUGGACAUACAAGAGAUUUUAAACUAUAUUAAUCGGAAAGAGUUUGAGCCCCUACUUAAGGUGGACCAACUUAAUUUGGAGAGGGAAAAGAACAAGGUUUUCCUGCGUUUUGCGGAAGAGGAGAUCUCAUUCCCGCCGACCUAUCGUUACGAGCGUGGCUCUAGAGACACGUAUGUUUGGCAGAAGCAGAAAGCCACAGGGAUGAGAACAAACGUCCCCUCUUGGUGUGACAGAAUCCUGUGGAAAUCCUAUCCGGAAACGCACAUAGUUUGCAAUUCGUAUGGUUGUACAGAUGACGUUGUGACCAGUGAUCAUUCCCCUGUGUUUGCGACCUAUGAAGUUGGUGUAACUUCCCAGUUUGUUUCUAAAAAAGGUUUGCCCAAAUCCACGGAGCAGGCCUACAUCGAGUUUGAGAGUAUAGAAGCUAUUGUGAAAACUGCAAGUAGAACCAAGUUCUUCAUUGAGUUCUAUUCAACUUGUUUGGAAGAGUUUAAGAAGAGCUACGAGAACGACAGCCAGAGCAGCGACAACGUAAACUUUCUGCGUGUCGGCUGGUCCAACAAGCAGCUCACCACGCUCAAACCGCUGCUCUCAGACGUGGAGUACCUUCAGGACCAACAUCUGCUGCUGACCGUCAAGUCUCUGGAUGGAUACGAGUCCUAUGGCGAGUGUGUGCUGGCUCUGAAGUCCAUGAUUGGCAGCACACCACAGCAGUUCCACACCUACUUGUCCCAUCGCGGAGAAGAGACGGGGAAUAUCCGGGGUUUAAUGAGGGUCCGAGUUCCCUCUGAACGAAUGGGAACCAGGGAGAGACUCUAUGAGUGGAUAAGCGUGGACAAAGAUGAAACGGGAGGACCUAAAGGAAAAGGCACCAUCCAUCCAAGGACGGGACAUGAAUAUGUUAAGCCUUCUGUAGUGCGCAAACAAUUUGGAGAACUGGGUAAGGUCAGCGAAGAGGGAGAACGGAAUAGCAAAGAGGAGGCUUCAGCCAGGCCAAAACAGGAUUCUUCAGAUGCAGAGUCGACCGUCAACAACAGCUACAACAAUCCGGCUUAUUACAUCCUGGAAGGUGUCCCCAACCAGUCUGCUGCGGCCGUCUCCCCUGAGCUUCUCGCCUCUCCUACCUCUCCCGGUGCCCCAGCAUCGAAAGCCCCUUCCCCUUCUUCUGGAGCUCGUGCCAAACCCCCCUGCGGCGGCCCAGGACCCUCUCAUUCCAGAGUACUUUUAACAGGACAUUCAGUCCGGACCAUCAGCGAGGAAGGCCCGUCUGAGGAUGAGACCUGUGUCGCUGCACUGCCUCGCGUUGGAGCAACAGGAAGCUCUCUCAACCGUCCCCCGCCAGACUUCCCCCCUCCCCCUCUGCCCAAGGGAGCUCUGGAGAUGGUCACCGAAGUGCCUUUCCCUAAACCUAGAGCCACUUACCCGGAUACGGUGGAGGUCCGGAUCCCCGCAGCCGUUCCAGCCGCGCCCCCCGGACUUGGAGAGGGCUUCAGGCGAGGAGGGGGGGCGGCCGCAGUUGCAGCCAGUCUAAUGGAUGACCAGUCGUGUUCCGUUCUGCAGAUGGCAAAGACACUGAGUGAGACGGAGUUCACAGGACCACCCCCACGGGCCCCCUCUGCACCACCUCCACUCAGGGGACAAGCGAUGGCCUUUGGACUGGAUCCCUGUCGCACAUUCCCACCUAGACAUCCAAUCCCAGAGAGCAUAGCGGAAGACAUGCCUGAAGAGGCGCUAUGGGGCAGCAGUAGCUCGUCACUGUCUGUGGGUGAAUCUUCGGUGGGCGAGUGGCUGCAGCGUCUGGGGCUGGAGCAGUACGAGCAGGGCCUUUUACACAACGGCUGGGAUGACCUGGAGUUUCUGAGUGACAUCACAGAAGAGGACUUGGAGGAGGCCGGAGUGCUGGACCCUUCGCACAAAAGGAUUUUGUUGGAAAACCUCAGACAGUAA